AUCAAACACCUUCCUCAGCAGCUCCUCUGAAAUACUCUAAAUCCACCAGAUAACAACAAUGGCUUCCGUAUCUGGAAACAAGCUUAUGUUGAUGGUCGUGUUGCUGAUGGGGAUCUAUGCAUACGGGGCAUUCUCGGCAAGACCCUCGGUGCAUCCUGUUAGCAGCAUGAACGAAAGGUUUGAAGCAUGGAUUGCUCAGUACGGGCGAGUUUAUGCAGAUGCAGGAGAAAAGGCUAGGCGCUUCAGCAUCUUCAGAAAGAAUGUGGCCUUCAUCAAUCACUUCAACAAGCUUGGAAACAAGACUUACAAGCUGGCCACUAAUCAGUACGCUGACCUAACCAAUAAGGAGUUCAGGGCGGCUAAAACUGGAUAUAAGAAACCUGCCAAUCUCAUCAACCCUGCCACAUCAUCAUUCCGAUACGAAAAUGUUACUUCAGCGCCAGACACCAUGGAUUGGAGAACCAAAGGAGCUGUGAACCCAAUUAAGGAUCAGGGCCAAUGCGGGAGCUGUUGGGCAUUCUCCGCCGUGGCAGCAGUGGAAGGGAUCACAAAGAUCUCGACGGGGAAGCUGAUCUCUCUCUCGGAGCAAGAACUGGUGGAUUGUGACAGGACAACUAAUGACCAAGGCUGCAAUGGAGGCCUCAUGGAUGAUGCUUUUAAAUUUGUCAAGACUAAGGGCCUCACCACUGAAACAAAGUACCCUUACUCAGCGGCAGAUGGAACCUGCAGCGCAGCCAAGACUGCUACUCCUGCGGUCAAGAUCAGCGGAUACGAAGAUGUGCCUGUGAAUAACGAGGGGGCAUUGUUGAAGGCCGCAGCAAACCAACCUAUCGCAGUGGCGAUUGAUGCUAGUGGCUCUGCGUUCCAGUUCUACUCAAGUGGGGUGUUCACUGGAGACUGUGGAACCGAUUUGGACCACGGCGUGGCUGUUGUAGGGUAUGGUACGAGUGAAGAUGGUACAAAGUACUGGCUGGUAAGGAAUUCAUGGGGGACUAGCUGGGGAGACCAAGGUUACAUCAAAAUGCAGCGUGACGUUAGUGCCAAAGAAGGACUCUGUGGCAUUGCGAUGUCAGCUUCCUAUCCUACUGCAUAGAGCAUAGGAAAAACUAGCUAAAGAAUCUUCAUUAUUAUGGAAAUAAGAAAUAUAUAUGUGUUGUUACUUACUUUCCUAUUAAUUUCAGUUGAAAGAUUUGUAUCACUGUGAAUUAUGUUCUAUAUGCUAUUGUUGCAAUGUUGUAUCAUGGAGUUUCUAACUUUCAAACAAGAACUUGCUAUCAUUGACCGUUCCAAGUUGGGGUGAACUGUAGGGUGGGAUUGUGUUCGGUUUUGGUUAACCACAACCAAAAUGAUGACUAACCGGAACUGAAAGAUAAUAAUUUCGAAAAUCCGGACCAAGAAUAAAUAAAAUACUAUUAAUUGC